UCGCGGACGCCACUUCAUUUCCCAAACCCAGUUUCACAAAUUGAAUGGGUUCCGUUCUUCUUCUCCCCAGCAUUACACUGAGUCAUCCUCAAUCUCUCUAAUUCAACAAUUUUGUGGCUGCUUCAACAGCUAAGCCUUCUCAUUCUGCAUCUAAUUCCUGGUCGACUGAAUGAAUUCACCAAAUUGUACAGAAUUAUGUGAUAUGUGUGAGAAUUAGGGUUUGAUUGAAAGGUUGAAUUAGGUUUAGAGGUCUCUCUAGCAGCGAUGAGAAGCCGUUCGCAUCGGCUUCCCGCAGCGGAGCCCCGCCACGACGACUGGGUGGACGGCUCAUGGACGGUGGACUGCGUUUGCGGCGUCACUUUCGACGACGGCGAGGAGAUGGUUGAUUGCGAUGAGUGCGGGGUGUGGGUGCACACGCGCUGCUCGCGCUACGUCAAGAGCGAGAAAUCUUUUGCUUGUGACAAGUGCAAGAGCAAGAACAGCGGGGUUAGGAAUGAGAGCGAGGAGACAGAGGUGGCCGAGUUUUUGCUUGAGUUGCCGACCAAGACGCUGACAAUGGAAAAUCUGAAUCCACCGCCGGUAGCAUCGCGUAGGCCUUUUAGGCUCUGGACCGAUAUUCCCAUGGAAGAGAGGGUACACGUGCAAGGAGUGCCCGGUGGGGAACCUGCUUCAUUUUCCGGGAUUGGUAUGUCUUCCGUUUUUGGACCUCAGUUGUGGAAGUCUACUGGUUAUGUUCCUAAGAAGUUUAACCUUAGGUAUACUGAGUUUCCUCUGUUGAGUCAGGGCAAGGUUGAGGAGAAGGAAGACGAAGACAUGGAUACGACAAAUGGUGAAAAGAAUGCCAACAGAACUGAUAAUGGUGCUAGGGUUUUAUUCUCUUUGUUGAAGAAACACGACGGUGCUUCGCCUGCCACACUGGUGGACUCCGUUAACUCGAAAGGGGUUGUUGAAAGGGGUGCGUGUCCAGAAAGAGUAGCACCUAGACAGAAGAAGAAGUCUGAUGGUGAUAAACCACAUUUUGCCCCUGACGAUGGCAUAAAGAAGAAGAAAAAGAAUUCGGUGACAGUUGUGUUGAACUCUGGAAAGUGCAAAAAAGAGGACCUUGGAGCAUCGAAGGAUUUAAAUGUAAGGAAAAAGGUGAGGGCUACUGAUAAAGAGAGUGAUGUUAAAAAGCGGCCGGUUCAUGGCUCGAAAGCAGCUUCAACGUUCUCAGGUGAUGGAAAACGUCUGGGGUUAUCUCAAGGUAAAGGCUGCAAGGCUGACAGUGAUGAUCUUCAAUGUGGCAAAGUUCUUGGCGACCAACCAUUAGAUCCUCUUCGUGAAUGUGCUACCAACCUAGCUUCAAAUGAGCAUGGUCAAGAGGUCACCGCUAGAAAUGAUGUUUCAAAUGGUGAAAUGUUACGGGUUGGUAAUAAAGAAGCUCAAGUUCCACUGGAAUCUGUGAAUGUCUUCAAGACGUGUAAUGGCGUGGAAUCUUUAACUGAAGCGAAUAGUCCCCAGAGAUUGCUUGUAAAGGAAGAGGUUACUGUAAGUGUAAGAACUGGCUCAUUUGAAAAGGAGCUUGUGGCUGCUGCGCAUGUUAGAAUUACUGUUGCAGAUGCUAAAAAAAGUGAUCAGAGUCAAGAUUUAGUCAUUGACGAGACCAAUCCACGGCCUAUCAAGAAACUGAGAAGCAAGUUGGAUUCUGAUAAUCAUGGGGACCAUUUGGUUGACUCUCUACAUUUGAGUGAGGUAAAAUUAGACGAGCCUAAAGCCUCAACUCAAUUUCCUGGAUUGUCUGUUAAUGUUGUCACUGGGGAAGAUAAAGUGGUUGGGAUGUCUACUUUAAAAACAGAAGCAAAUGUAGCUAAGGUCCUUGAGGCUAGCAGGAGCCUUACUGUUGGCUGUCCUAGGACAGAUAAACCUGACGAAUCAGCUGGAGUUAUCCCUCAUUCCAAGAGAGAACAUUCAGGGCCCGAAGUUUCCAGGGGAGGAAGAAAAAAGUCAUCAGGACUUAAACCUAGCUCGGAAGUGGCUGAGGAAUUACUCAAAUCAAAUGGCACAUCAAGAUGUCACUCAACAGCUUCCUAUCAGCGUAAAUCAGGAGUUACUGUAUUGAGAUCCACUUCAUCUUCAGGUAUCAGGUCCAAAUCCUCUGAAAAUUACAUGGCUGCAACCGCUCAAAAAUCCUCUGUUCAUAGUAGACAAGAGUUGUCUGAUAGCAGUCAAGGAACUAUGAAAGACAAUGCUUUCGCUGAUAAAGUCGAGCGUGUAGACACAAGUGGGAGGCCAAAGAAAUUAGUAAAAGAAUCUUCAGGGUCAGGCUCUGCGACAAAAAUGUCAGAGUCCAAUAAUUUUUCUAACUCAUCUGCUUCAAAAAAACCCUCAUCAGAUUUAAAAGAUCCCAGCAUUCAUUUUUCUAGAGUACCAUUGGGCUCAAAUGUUGCAUCUAGUCAUGUUACUGGUGAGUGCACUAGUCCUCCAUCAGCAGAGGGUUCUUCCAGUAAAGCUCUUGCUUCAGCUGUUCCAGGAAAAGGUGAAAAGUCUUAUCACACGGGAUGUAAUCCGCCAUCCAAAGGACAUGUGGCUUCAAUGACCUCUCCAGCAUCUUCAAAUGUUCCUGCUAUCUUGAGUGAUGAAGAGCUUGCUUUACUUUUACACCAUGAACUGAAUAGUUCUCCAAGAGUCCCUCGGGUGCCACGCAUGCGUAAUGCUGGAAGUUUGCCUCAGUUAACAGGCCCAACUGCAACUAGUGUGCUCAUGAAGAGAACUGUUAGUGGAGGAAAAGAUCAGGGCAUGGUUUCUAGGCGGAGGACUAAGGAUUUUUCUGUAGAUGGUUCGCACGCUCCUCCGAAAGUUGACAAUGAAGCUAAAAAGAUGGAGAGAAAACUUACUUCGCCGGAUAACAGGAGGCAGGAUUCCAGUUACGGUGUAGAACAGGUUUUAAGUAAAGAAGCAGAUGGUGGUCUAGUUAAAAGCGUGCAAUCAAUGAAGAAGAAAAACAUGAACAGCUCCAUAUCAUCAUCUGUAUAUGCUAAUGAGCACAAUAUAUCAUCUAGUCGCCUGUCAUCAAGGAGUGCUGCUGCUGAUGAUCCACGGAUGGUUGGUCGUCAGACGAAUCUUACUUUGCCUGGUUUGAUUGCUGAGAUUAUGAGUGAAGGCAAACGCAUGACUUACGACGAACUCUGUAACGCUGUUUUGCCGCAUUGGCCUCACCUAAGGAAACAUAAUGGAGACCGCUAUGCAUAUUCAAGCCACUCGCAGGCUGUUCUUGAUUGUUUGAGGAACCGAAGUGAAUGGGCUUGUUUAGUUGACCGUGGACCAAAGACUAAUGGGAGUAGAAAACGACGCAAACUUGAUACUGAUUCCCUGAGCAUUGAAUCAGAGGAUAAUGAAGAUCAGAGAGUAAAAGAUUCAAAGGAUGCUGGGAGUAAGAGUUUUGAAUCCCAUCAAGGAAAGCGGAAAGCAAGAAAACGCGGGCGACUUGGUUUACAGGGAAGACGUAUUGUCAGGGGGCGGCGUAGAGCUGGCUUUGUUAGUGAUGAUGAAAGUGAAUCAUUUUCUUAUUCUAGUGAAGAUAGUAUGUCCAGCGAAGAAGAAAUACAGGGUGGUGGGACAUCUGGAGUUGGCAGUGAGGUCUCGGCUAGUUCAGAUGAGGUCCAGUAAGACUUCAGCAUAAUUGACACUCUUCCUUAUGGUUGCACUUAGUGAGCAGCUCUAUUCAUGGCUUAGGCUGCUGCAAAUUUAGUUAUCAUCAAGUGCAACAAUCACUUUAAAGAAAUCGUGGAUGAUGCUUUUUGUGAUUCAGAACAAGGAGACUUAUCUGAAUGUGUAAGUUAUAAGUUGUAACAAUAUUGUACAUAUAGGUUCCAAUAGUCUAAAUUUGGUUAUAAAGUUUAGGUUUAACUCCUAGGGUAGGCUGUAAUUAGAUUCUUGUAUGUAGAAUAUCUUGUUCUGCAAUAUAAAUUUGAUAUACGGGUCUUCUGAA